CCAUCAGAGUCCAGGCUCCAGCUAUGCAAAAACGUAGCUUGGACUCGUAAAGAAUCUCGCACUUCGCUGGCUUUUCUCUGCUCAUUGCUGUAUAUUUGAUAUAAAGAACGAAAAGCAACGAAAAGCAAAGAGACAAAGCACAGACCGUUUCUGACCCCCGCAGAUGAGUCUUAAAGUUUCUGAGAGAGAGAGAGAGAGAGAGAGAGAGAAAAGCGAAGCUUCCUGUAGAUUCAGUGGAAUUUUCCAGUGAUUGCUCUCCGUUUCUCGCUGGCCAAAAGGAUUGAACGCAUUGGAUUGUAGGAGUGGUAGUGUCAAGAAACAAUCCCUGUUUCUGAACAACUGGGAGAUUUAAUGAAUGCUGAAGAUGGUUUGAAGUAACUUGAUAUUUUACUGAUAAAUGCAUGAUGACCUGCUGAGACUGAGUUGGAAACCAAGAUUAAUGUGAAGUUUUAUAAGAGUUUGACAGGAAUUCUGAUUUUUACUUGUCUUGAGUGGUGAUGCAUCCUUUGCUAAUGCAUGGUUACCUUUGUUGGUGCAUUCUGUUGGGGCAUCUUUAUGUGUCCGCCCUUAGUCUUGGUUCAGGGCAGUAUAGAGUAAGGGGAACUGGGACAGAAAACCAGUUGCGUGAUUUUGGUUCGGCUUUAGAUGAUGGUUCUGAAAACAGCAUCUCUAAACAUGUCACAAGAUCAAUCUUUUCAUCCCCAUACAAUAAGUCGGUAUCUUGUGAUGACUUGGAAGGCGUUGGCUCAUUUGAUACCACCUGCUUGCUAAACUCAAAUUUGUAUCUGAAUUCUGAUCUUUACAUUUAUGGUACUGGAAACCUAGAGAUUCUCCCGCAUGUUUCAAUUGAGUGUCCUAUGGAAGGCUGUACUAUUGUUUUUAACAUGUUUGGCAAUGUUAAGGUGGGUCAACAUGCAGCUAUUUUUGCUGGUUCUGUAGUAUUUUCUGCUGCCAAUCUGACCCUGGAACACAAUUCUUCUAUAAAUACAACAUCCUUGGGUGGAUCACCGCCUUCUCAAACUAGUGGUACACCAGUUGGCUAUGAUGGUGCUGGUGGAGGGCAUGGUGGCCGAGGUGCCUUCUGCUUGAAAAAUAAUCUGACGAAGUUCUGGGGUGGUGAUGUUUAUGCUUGGUCAUCUUUGUCUGAGCCCUGGAGUUAUGGGAGUAAGGGUGGCGGCACAUCUGCUGAAAGACCAUUUGGCGGGAAUGGUGGAGGACGUGUUAAGAUUCUUGUGAAGGAAAUUCUAUAUUUAAAUGGAUCUAUAACAGCAGAAGGUGGGGAUGGAGGGGCAAAAGGGGGAGGAGGAUCUGGUGGAAGUAUCUUUGUACAUGCCGUAAAGCUGAAGGGGUAUGGUAGAAUAAGUGCAGCAGGUGGGAGGGGCUGGGGUGGAGGUGGUGGCGGAAGAAUAUCUCUAGAUUGUUACAGCAUACAAGAAGAUGUAAAAGUUACUGUGCAUGGUGGUUUGAGUAUUGGCUGUCCAAGGAAUUCAGGAGCAGCUGGCACAUACUUCAAUGCAGAUUUACUGAGUCUAAGGGUUGGGAAUGACAAUGUCACCACAGAAACUGAAACCCCUUUGCUUGAUUUUCCUAUCACCUCCCUAUGGUCAAAUGUUUUUGUGGAGAAUAAUGCAAAAGUUUUAGUUCCUUUGCUUUGGACCAGAAUUCAGGUGAGAGGCCAAAUUAGUCUCUAUCGUGGAGGGACCAUUGUCUUUGGACUGUCUGAGUUUCCAGUCUCUGAAUUUGAGCUUGUCGCCGAGGAACUUUUGAUGAGUGAUUCUAUCAUAAAGGUUUUUGGUGCAUUUAGAGUUGCCAUCAAAAUGUUGCUCAUGUGGAACUCCAAAAUUCAAAUCGACGGUGGCGGAAAUACUGUUGUUACUGCUUCUGUCCUUGAAGUCAGGAAUCUGGUUGUUCUAAGGCAUUACUCUGUUAUUAGUUCAAAUGCAAACUUGGGUGUAUACGGUCAGGGACUGCUGAAGUUGUCUGGUCAUGGUGACACAAUCAAAGGCCAGCGACUUUCCUUGUCUCUUUUUUAUAACAUAACUGUUGGCCCAGGUUCUUUACUUCAAGCUCCAUUGGACGAUAAUGCCAGUAGAAGCUUGGUAACGAAGUCCCUUUGUGAGAGUCAGGCAUGCCCAGUGGAUUUAAUAACUCCACCAGAUGACUGCCAUGUCAAUUAUACACUCUCCUUUUCACUUCAAAUCUGUCGUGUUGAGGACCUUCUUGUGAAUGGACUUAUCAGAGGAAGUAUUAUUCACAUCCACAGAGCGAGGACUGUCAUUAUUGAUACAGGUGGCAUGAUGACUGCUUCAGAAUUAGGUUGCAGUGACGGUAUUGGAAAGGGAAACUAUUCAAAUGGAGCUGGUAGUGGUGCUGGACAUGGUGGCAGAGGUGGAUCUGGGAAUUUCAAUGGGAGGGUGAGCAAUGGGGGUAACAAGUAUGGUAAUGCUGAUCUCCCCUGUGAAUUGGGAAGUGGAACUGAAGGCCCUGAUCAGUCAUAUGGACAUGUUGGAGGCGGGAUGAUAGUAAUGGGAUCCAUCCAGUGGCCACUUGUAAGGCUUGAUAUUUAUGGAUCUUUGAGGGCCAAUGGUCAAAGCUUUGGUAGAGGAGCAACAAAUCGCAAUGGUUCUUUGCUUGGCGGACUUGGCGGAGGUUCUGGUGGGACAGUACUCCUUUUCCUUCAAGAGCUCCAGCUUUCGGAGAACUCAUCUUUAUCUGUUGUUGGGGGUAAUGGUGGCCCUCUAGGUGGGGGUGGAGGUGGGGGUGGGAGAGUUCAUUUUCACUGGUCUAAGAUAGAUGUUGGAGACGAAUAUACCCCGGUUGCAACUAUAAAUGGUUCCAUAAACAGUAGUGGAGGUGCUGGGGACAAUGGUGGUCUUUUUGGGGAGGAGGGUACAGUUACUGGAAAACAAUGCCCAGAGGGCCUCUAUGGCACUUUCUGUGAGGAAUGUCCUAUUGGCACUUACAAAGAUGUUGGGGGCUCUGAUGAUCGUCUUUGCACACCAUGUUCUCUUGAUCUUCUUCCCAAUCGUGCUAAUUUCAUAUAUGUGAGAGGAGGAGUUAGUCAGCCGUCUUGUCCCUAUAAAUGCAUAUCUGACAAGUAUAGGAUGCCAAAUUGCUACACACCUCUUGAGGAGCUGAUAUAUACAUUUGGGGGGCUAUGGCCUUUUGCACUUCUGUUGUCAUGCAUUUUGGUGCUUCUAGCUUUGUUCUUAAACACUUUGAGAAUCAAAGUAGUUGGAUCAAGUUCUUAUCACAGGGCAAAUUCAAUUGAACCCCAGAGUCAUCGCCAUUUUCCUUAUCUUCUUUCUUUAUCUGAGGUGCGGGGAACCAGAGGCGAUGAAACUCAAAGCCAUGUUCAUAGAAUGUACUUCAUGGGUCCCAACACUUUUAGAGAACCGUGGCAUCUUCCUUACUCUCCUCCCAAUGCAAUUAUUGACGUUGUGUAUGAAGAUGCAUUUAAUAGAUUUAUUGAUGAGAUUAACUCUGUUGCUGCAUAUGAUUGGUGGGAAGGGUCAGUUCACAUCAUACUUUCAGUUCUUGCAUAUCCUUGUGCCUGGUCCUGGAAGCAGUGGCGACGAAGAAAUAAAAUCCAUCGCCUUCAAGAAUACGUAAAGUCUGAAUAUGACCACUCGUGUCUGCGCUCAUGCAGAUCCCGAGCUCUAUACAAAGGGAUGAAGGUUGGGGCAACACCAGAUUUGAUGGUGGCAUACAUUGAUUUUUUCCUUGGUGGUGAUGAGAAGCGUUUGGACAUGGUAUCAAUUAUACAGAAGAGAUUCCCUAUGUGUAUUAUUUUCGGUGGAGAUGGUAGCUAUAUGUCAGCUUAUAAUCUUCACAGUGAUACAUUGUUGACAAAUCUUCUUGGCCAGCAUGUCCCGGCAACUGUUUGGACUCGUUUGGUGGCUGGUUUGAAUGCUCAGUUAAGGACAGUGAGGCAUGGAUCCAUCCGUUCUGCACUCGUUCCUGUGAUUAACUGGAUAAAUAGUCACGCAAACCCUCAACUUGAGUUCCAUGGGGUCAAAAUUGAGCUGGGAUGGUUCCAAGCAACGGCUUCUGGUUACUAUCAGCUGGGUAUUUUGGUAGCUGUUGGUGACUAUUCAUUUCACCAUGUGCACCCACCUGAUUUGUUGGACAGAAGUAGUGAUGAAUCUCCAAGGAAAAUGGUUGCAUGCCCGAGAAAAAGUCUUAAGCAGCAAACUUUGGCAUAUACAGGUCAUGCAUUAUCUCUUAAAAGGAUAACUGGGGGAAUUAAUGGAGGACUUAUAAAUGAGGCUACGUUGAAAUCUUUGGAUUUUAAAAGGGAGUUUGCCUUUCCCCUUUCUCUCUUACUGCACAAUUCAAGACCUGUUGGUCGUCAGGACGGCCUGCAGCUGCUGAUAACUCUCAUGCUUUUGGCAGAUCUUUCUGUUACCCUCCUUAUGUUGCUUCAGUUCUAUUGGAUAUCUCUUGGGGCUUUCCUUGCUGUGUUGCUCAUUCUUCCCUUAUCCCUACUUUCUCCCUUUCCAGCUGGCUUGAAUGCCUUAUUCAGCAAAGAAUCUAGAAGAGUUUCGCUUGCUCGUAUCUAUGUGUUGUGGAAUGCUACAUCUGUAUCGAAUAUUGCUGUGGCUUUCAUUUGUGGCGUUUUCCAUUAUGGAUUUUCUUCUUUCCAGCCUCCUGAUGAGCGAAGUGUGUGGAACACUAGAAGGGAAGAUGAUAAAUGGUGGCUUCUGCCAACCAUCCUUCUGCUAUUCAAGUCAAUACAAGCUCGUGCUGUUAACUGGCACAUUGCAAAUCUUGAAGUGGAAGAUUUUUCCCUCUUCUGCCCAGAUCCGGAUGCUUUUUGGGCUCACGAGUCAAAUUCAUGAGUUUUGUCCUCUGUAUCCGAAGUGACACAAAGACGAUUCAGAGCAAGUUAUGUAAAGGAGAGAGAGGAUAGGUUCUAUAGUUCAUUUUUCACAGAAAAUUGCUCCAAUAGUUGAAAACUUUCUAUUAAUACAAAAAAUUUUGGCCUCUC